UUUAUUUAUUGUUGUUGAAAAAGAAGAAGCAAAACCCUAAACCCUCAAGUUAUAUCCUGUUGUGGUUGUCAAAGGGUUGUGUGACGGUGAAUUGGGUAGAAGAAGAUGAGAGGGGUGAAGAGAGCAGUAUUUGUAGGCAGAGCCCUAAGAAGCAAUUCCAACACCGCCGUGUACGGUGUUGGUGCCACCCUUCAUCGAGAUCGAAUGGCUCCCCAUGGCUGCUUAACCCCAUCAAAUCCAAAUCCUUCUGUUUCUGUUACUGGGUUUAGAUACCUUUCUGCUUCUGCUGCUGCCACGUCUCUUGCCCAAGACGCUCAGACCAAGGCCUUCAAACCCAAGGAACUUGUCCUCUUUCAGUACCAGGCCUGUCCAUUCUGCAACAAGGUUGCAGCGUUUCUGGACUAUUAUGAUAUUCCAUUCAAAGUGGUUGAGGUGAAUCCCAUAAACAAGAAGGAGAUCAAAUGGUCCGACUACAAGAAGGUGCCUAUCCUCACCGUUGAUGGUGAACAAAUUGUUGACUCUUCAGACAUAAUUGAUAAGUUGAUCAAAAGGAUACAUCCAGAUUAUGACCUAAAUGCUGAAGAAGAGAAGAAGUGGCGACAGUGGGUGGAUAAUCACUUGGUGCAUGUCUUGUCACCGAAUAUAUAUCGGAAUGUUCCUGAAGCUCUUGAAUCAUUUGAUUACAUCACCACCCAAGGAAAUUUCAGUUUUUCUGAGAGAUUAGUGGCAAAGUAUGGUGGGGCUGCAGCUAUGUAUUUUGUGUCAAAGAAAUUGAAGAAGAAACACAACAUCACUGAUGAGCGUGCAGCACUGUAUGGAGCUGCCGAACAAUGGGUUGAUGCUUUGAAGGGCCGAAAAUUUCUUGGUGGGUUGGAUCCUAAUUUAGCAGAUCUUGCUGUGUUUGGUGUUCUUAGACCCAUCCGCCAUCUCAAGUCAGGUAGAGAUAUGCUAGAGCACACCCGGAUUGGGAAAUGGUUUUCUCAGAUGGAUCGUGUGGUAGGACAGUCUUCUAGGGUGAGUGAGCAGAGCUAGAAAAACUAUAGUGAGUUUCAACAUAUGAAUUGGUUAGGUAAUGCUAUAUGGGUGAAAGAAAUGACUUUUAUUCUACUAAGUUUGGUGAGUCUUAGUAAGCUUUAAAUGCUUUGCACUUGUAAUUUAUCUUGUGGCUAUAGUGGUGAUUUGUGAUCACAUACUGUUCUGGUAAAUCCGGGUAUGUAUUCAAUAAAAGAGUUUAGCUCACUCUGGGACAAGCACAAAAAUCUCUUCUUUUCAAA